AUGUUGCCCCCAGUGGAAGACGCUGUCCUAGCGAACAACCCCGAGUUUGCAGCGCUUUAUGCCAAGCUGACCACUUCUGCUCUCAACCCUGAUGGCUCGUCCAAGGACGACCCAGCGGCGAAGGAGCGCGGGGCCGUGACCGAGGAGCUAAACCGGUAUCGGCUCAAAGCAGCCAAGCAGAGUUUACUCUUAGACGCGAUAGCCAAUGCGAAUCCACAGUCCCUGCAGGCGAAGCCGGCGCCCGCGCCGACGCUGACGAAACGGCCGCGAGCGCCACAGCAAGCGACAUCAACCAUCGCAGAGCUACCAGCACCCUUGCUCGACCUCCUCCUCCUCCUGCCGCCGCUCCUGACCGCAUCCUCCGAGCUCUCGCCCGAAUCGACGGCCCUGCUCCUCUCGAACCCGCCGCUGUCCGACUUCCCGGACCACCUCCCCCAGCUCGCCGCCCUCGUGUCGAACCACCUCCACACCUCGGCCGUCCACCUCGCCCGAAUAGCCAACCCAUCCACCAACCCAUCCUUCGUCCACCGCGCCGUCCCCUCCCUCCCAACCUCCGCGGCCUCGCUCACAGCGACCAUAGCCGACCGCAAAGCGGACCUGACGCGCGCCCGCCUCGCCGCCGCCGCCUCGCUCUCCUCGCUGCUGGCGUCGCAGACCGCCGUGCUGGCGCAGCUGCUGCGCGCGCUGGAGGCCAAGCACGGCGCCGUGGCGCGCUCGCUCGAGCUCCGCGCCGCCGAGGCCGCGCUCGCCGCCCAGCGCCAGCACGCCGAGGCCGAGGCCGCGCUCUGGCUCGCCCGCCGCGACGCCUACCCGCCCGCCGCGCAGCGCGCGCUGGCCAACUACGCGCGCCACCUGCGCGACGCCAGGGCGCGGCUGAACGAGGCGGUCCACACGCUGCGGGCCGAGCUGGAGGCGUAUGGGGUUGAUUCUGUCGCUGCUGGUACGGGGAGAAGCGGGCGGGGCCGGCAAGGAGAAGGUCAUGCGGGAAAUGGCGCGGGUGUACCGUGA